GUGGCGGCGGCGGCAGCGGCGACGACUCGGGAUUUUCUGGUGAGGGGGAGCGUGAGGCGGCAGCGGCGACGGCGGCUACUGAGCAGGUGAAGUUUUCUUCUAAGAAGAUUUGGUUCUUCUAUUUCAUGAGUUCAAAUUAUAAAGAUUCUAAAUGUUACAGAAGUGUUGAAAUACUGCUCGGUCAUGAGCACCAACAGUAACUUACUGGCACGUGAAUUUCUGACCGAUGUCAACCGGCUUUGCAAUGCUGUGGUCCAGAGGGUGGAGGCCAGGGAGGAGGAAGAGGAGGAGACACACAUGGCAACCCUUGGGCAGUACCUUGUUCAUGGUCGAGGAUUUCUGUUACUUACCAAGCUAAAUUCUAUCAUUGAUCAGGCAUUAACAUGUAGAGAAGAACUCCUUACUCUUCUUCUUUCACUCCUACCACUGGUGUGGAAGAUCCCAGUUCAAGAAGAAAAGGCGACAGAUUUUAAUCUGCCUUUCUCAGCUGAUAUAAUCCUGACCAAAGAAAAGAUCUCAAGUUCACAAAGACCUCCUCAGGACAAAUUAUAUUUAGAAGGAAGUACCCCAUGUGGUCAGGUUUCUGCAAAAGUAAACAUUUUUCCAAAAAGCAGACGUCAGCGUAAAACAACCCAUCGCUAUUCUAUAAGAGAUGCAAGAAAGACACAGCUCUCUACUUCAGAUUCAGAAGCCAAUUCAGAUGAAAAAAGUAUCACAAUGAAUAAGCACAGGAGGCCUCAUCUGCUACUGCAUUUUGUAACACAGCCUCCUAAAGAAGACCACCUCACAGCUGAAGUCGACCACUCAGCAACCAAAGAAGGACAGACUCCUCCUGAUACCAUGGCUUUAGAAAAUUCCAGAGAGAUUAUUCCAAGACAGGAGUCAAACACUGACAUUUUAACUGAGCCAGCUGCCUUGUCUGUUAUCAGUAACAUGAACAAUUCUCCAUUUGACUUAUGCCGUGUUUUGUUAUCUUUAUUAGAGAAAGUUUGUAAGUUUGAUAUAACCUUGAAUCAUAGUUCUGCACUAGCAGCCAGUGUAGUGCCCACGCUGACUGAAUUCCUUGCAGGCUUUGGGGACUGUUGUAAUCUAAGCAACAAUUUGGAGAAUCAAGUGGUUUCUGCAGGUUGGACUGAAGAACCGGUGGCUUUGAUUCAACGGAUGCUGUUUCGAACAGUGCUGCAUCUUAUGUCAGUAGAUAUUAGUACUGCAGAGACGAUGCCCGAAAGCCUUAGAAAAAAUUUAACUGAGUUACUUAGGGCAGCUUCAAAAAUUAGAGCCUGUCUGGAAAAGCAGCCUGACCCUUUUGCACCAAGACAAAAGAAAACACUACAGGAGGUUCGGGAAGAUUUUGUGUUUUCAAAAUACCGUCACAGAGCCCUUCUGUUGCCUGAGCUUCUGGAAGGAGUUCUACAGAUUCUGAUCUGUUGUCUUCAAAGUGCAGCCUCAGAUCCCUUCUACUUCAGUCAAGCCAUGGACUUGCUUCAAGAAUUCAUUCAACAUCAUGGGUUUAAUUUAUUUGAAACAGCAGUUCUUCAAAUGGAAUGGCUGGUUUUAAGAGAGAGAGUCCCUGCGGAGGCCUCAGAACAUUUGAAAGCCUUGAUAAAUGGUGUGAUGAAAAUAAUCAGCACUGUCAAAAAAGUGAAAUCAGAGCAACUUCAUCAUUCAGUGUGUACAAGGAAAAGGCACAGACGCUGCGAAUAUUCUCACUUUAUGCAUCACCACAGAGAUCUCUCAGGUCUCCCGGUUUCGGCUUUUAAAAACCAGGUGUCCAAAAACCCAUUUGAAGAGACUGCAGACGGAGGCGUUUAUUAUCCUGAGCGGUGCUGUUGUAUUGCAGUGUGUGCUCAUCAGUGCUUACACUUACUACGACAGGUGUCCUUGAGCAGUACUUGUGUCCAGAUUCUAUCAGGUGUUCAUAGUGUCGGAAUAUGCUGUUGUAUGGAUCCCAAAUCUGUAAUCGUUCCUUUGCUCCAUGCUUUUAAAUUGCCAGCACUGAAAAAUUUUCAGCAGCAUAUAUUGAAUAUUCUUAACAAACUUAUCUUGGAUCAGUUAGGAGGAGCAGAGAUAUCGCAAAAAAUUAAGAAAGCAGCUUGCAAUAUUUGUACAGUUUACUCUGAUCAACUGGCCAAGUUAGAAGAGACACUGCAGGGCAACACAUGUGAUGCUGAAUCUUCAUCAAGUUUGUCCAGCCCUUCUUACAGAUUCCAAGGGAUCCUGCCCAGCAGUGGGUCUGAAGACUUGCUGUGGAAAUGGAAUGCAUUAGAGACUUAUCAGAACUUUGUUUUUGAAGACGACAAAUUGCAUAGCAUACAGAUUGCAAAUCACAUUUGCAGUUUAAUCCAGAAGGGCAAUGUAGUUGUGCAGUGGAAAUUGUAUAAUUAUAUAUUUAAUCUCAUGCUCCAAAGAGCAGUUGAGCUAGCUCGUCACUGUCAGCACCUAAGCAUUACUACAGCUCGAACUCACGUGUGUAGCCAUCACAGCCAGUGUUUGCCUCAGGAAGUGCUUGAGAUUUACUUAAAAACCCUGCCCACCCUGCUGAAAUCCAGGGCAAUAAGAAAUUUGUUUUUAAGUUGUAAUGGAGUAAAUCAAAUAAUUGAAUUAAAUUACUUAGAUGGUAUUCGAAGUCAUUCCCUCAAAGCAUUUGAAACUCUGAUAAUCAGCCUAGGGGAACAGCAGAAAGAUGCUUCAGUUCCAGGUACUGAUGGGCUAGACAGCGAACAGAAGGAGUCAUCAUCUGUAAUUGUAGGUACUUCUUUUCAUAACCAGCAAGUUUAUUCAGAUUCUCCUCAGAGCCUCAGCAAAUUUUAUACUGACCUCAAAGACGCUUAUCCAAAGAAAUGGAAGACUGUUAAUCAGGAUGUUCAUAUCAACACAAUAAACCUAUUUCUCUGUGUGGCAUUUUUAUGCGUGAGUAAAGAAGCAGAAUCUGAUAGGGAUUCCGCCAAUGACUCAGAAGAUACUUCUGGCUAUGACAGUACAGCAAGUGAGCCUUUGAGUCAUAUGCUGCCAUCCUUAUCUCUUGAGAGCCUGGCCUUGCCUUCUCCUGAACACAUGCACCAAGCAGCAGACAUUUGGUCAAUGUGCCGCUGGAUCUACAUGUUGAGCUCAGUCUUCCAGAAGCAGUUUUAUAGGCUUGGUGGCUUCCAAGUGUGUCAUAAAUUAAUAUUUAUGGUAAUACAUAAACUAUUCAGAAGUCAUGAAGAAGGACAAGAAAAAAAGCAGGAAGGUAUAAAUGUAAAUGAAAGCCAAGCUUUAAGCAGAACUUCUCAAUCUGAGAUAGCUAUAGAGGAAGAUUUAUUAUCUUUGACUGUAAAAAUUGACCCCACUCCAUCAGAACUGAGUAGCCUAAGAAAGAGUGCUGAUGGUUUAGGUAAAUUAGAGUCACAGCAGAUUUUUCCCACAAAUGUGGAAAAAAUUUCAGCUGCAGAAGUUGCUUCUAAGGAUGCAAAGGUAUUUACGAGUCAAGAAAAUGAGACCUCACUUCAGAGCAUACGACUUUUGGAAGCCCUUCUGGCCAUCUGUCUACAUAGUGCCAGGACUACUCAACAAAAGAUGGAAUUGGGGUUACCAAAUCAGAACUUGUCUGUGGAAAAUAUAUUGCUUGAAAUGAGGGACCAUCUUUUCCAGUCAAAGGUGACUGAAACAGAAUUAGCAAAGCCUUUAUUUGAUGCCCUGCUUCGAGUUGCCCUGGGGAAUCACUCAGCAGAUUUUGAACCUAGUGAUGCUACGACUGAGAAGAGCCACCAGUCUGAAGAAGAAUUGUCAUCCCAGACUGGAGAUUUUUCAGAAGAAACUGAGGACUCUCAAGGCUGUAGUUUUAAACUUUUCGUUGAAGAAGAAGGUUAUGAGGCAGAUAGUGAAAGCAAUCCUGAGGAUGGUGAAAGCUGGGAUGAUGGGGUAGACUUAAAGCCUGAGGCAGAAGGUUUCAGUGCAUCAAGCUGUCCAAGUUACUUCCUUGAAAACCUCACUCAAGGGGAAAUAAUAUAUCCAGAGAUUUGUAUGCUGGAAUUAAGUUUACUUUCUUCUAGCAAAGCCAAACUUGAUGUGCUUACUCAUGUCUUCGAGAGUUUUUUGAAAAUCAUCAGGCAGAAAGAAAAGAAUAUUUUUCUGCUCAUGCAACAGGGAACUGUGAAAAAUCUGUUAGGAGGGUUCUUAAGUAUUUUAAUUCAGGCCGAUGCUGAUUUCCAAGCAUGCCAGAGAGUGCUGGUGGAUCUUUUGGUAUCUUUGAUGAGUUCAAGAACAUGUUCGGAAGACCUAACCCUUCUUUUGAGGAUAUUUCUGGAGAAAUCUCCUUGUACAGAAAUUCUUCUUCUGGGUAUUCUGAAAAUUGUUGAAACCGAUAUUUCCAUGUGCCCUUCCCAGUAUCUAACCUUCCCUUUACUGCAUACCCCAAAUGUAAGCAAUGGUGUUUCAUCACAGAAGGGUCUUGGAAUUCUGAACAGUAAGGCCGUGGCAUUAUUGAGAAGAGCACGAGUUUCUCGGAGCAAGAAAGAGACUGACAGUGAAAACUUUCCCCACCAGCUGCUUUCCUCUUGGCACAUAGCCCCAAUCCACUUGCCAUUGCUGGGGCAAAACUGCUGGCCACACCUGGCGGAGGGCUUCAGUGUGUCCUUGUGGUUUAAUGUGGAGUGUAGCCAUGAGACUGAGAGUCUCAUAGAAAAAGGAAAGAAGAUGAAGAAAAGAAACAAAUCAGCAAUUGUAUGGGAUAGCAGUUUUGGUGGAACAGAGAGCAACAGACCAGAAGAUGCACAGUACAUAAAUCCUGGUGAAAAACUCAUAGAAGAAGGCUCUAUUCACGUGAUUUCCCUGGGCUCCAAAGCGUUGAUGAUCCAAGUGUGGGCUAACCCUCACAAUGGCACUUUUAUCUUUCGUGUGUGCAUGGAUUCAAAUGAUGACACGAAGCCAGUUUUACUAGCACAGGUUGAAUCACAGGAGAAUGUUUUCCUUCCAAGCAAAUGGCAGCAUUUAGUACUCACCUACGUACAGCAGCCCCAAGGGAAGAAGAACAUCCACGGGAAACUCUCCAUGUGGGUCUCUGGACAGAGGAAGACUGAUGUUACUUUGCAUUAUAUGCUUCCAAGAAAAACAAGUUUGUCGUCUGAUAGUAAUAAAACAUUUUGCAUGAUCGGCCAUUGUUUGUCAUCCCAAGAAGAAUGUUUGCAAUUGGCUGGAAAAUGGGACCUGGGAAAUGUGCUCCUCUUCAAUGGAGCUAAGAUUGGUUCACAAGAAGCCUUUUAUCUAUAUGCUUGUGGACCCAACCAUACAUCUAUAAUGCCGUGUAAAUAUGGCAAGCCAGUGAAUGAUUACUCCAAAUACAUUAGUAAAGAAAUACUGCGAUCUGAACAAAUCAGAGAACUUUUUAUGACCAAGAAAGAUGUGGAUGUUGGUCUCUUAAUUGAAAGCCUUUCAAUAGUUUAUACACCUUACUGUCCUGCUCAGUAUACCAUCUACGAGCCAGUUAUCAGACUUAAAGGUCAGAUGAAAACCCAACUCUCUCAAAGACCCUUCAGCUCAAAAGAAGUUCAGAGCAUCUCGUUGGAGCCUCAUCAUCUAAAGAAUCUCCGGCCUACUGAGUGUAAAACUAUACAAGGCGUUCUGCACGAGAUUGGUGGGACUGGCAUAUUUGUUUUUCUUUUUGCCAGGGUUGUUGAGCUCAGUAGCUGUGAAGAAACUCAAGCCUUAGCACUACGAGUUAUACUCGCAUUAACUAAAUACAACCAACAAAGAAUACAUGAAUUAGAAAAUUGUAAUGGCCUUUCCAUGAUUCAUCAGGUGUUGAUCAAACAAAAAUGCAUUGUUGGCUUUCAUAUUUUGAAGACCCUUCUUGAAGGUUGCUGUGGUGAAAAUAUAAUUCAUGUCACUGAGAAUGGAGAGUUUCAGUUGGAUGUAGAGUCUAAUGCUAUAAUCCAAGAUGUUAAACUAUUAGAGGAGCUGUUAUUUGACUGGAAGAUAUGGAAUAAAGCAGAGCAAGGUGUUUGGGAAACUCUGCUAGCAGCUCUAGAAGUCCUCAUCAGAGCAGACCACCACCAGCAGAUGUUUAAUAUGAAGCAGUUAUUGAAAGCGCGAGUGGUUCAUCACUUUCUACUGACUUGUCAGGUUUUGCAGGAACACAAAGAGGGGCAACUUACGUCCAUGCCCCGAGAGGUUUGUAGAUCAUUUGUGAAAAUUAUAGCAGAAGUCCUUGGAUCUCCCCCAGAUUUGGAAUUAUUGACAAUUAUCUUCAAUUUCCUUUUAGCAGUUCACCCUCCUACUAAUACUUACGUUUGUCACAACCCCACAAACUUCUACUUUUCUUUGCAUAUAGAUGGUAAGAUCUUUCAGGAGAAAGUCCAGUCAAUCAUAUACCUAAGGCAUUCCAGCAGUGGAGGGAAGUCCGCUACUAGUCCUGAAUUUGUGGUAAUAAGUCCGUCUCGCUUUACCGCUUCACCUUCUGAAGGAAACAAUUCCUCCAGCAUUAUUCCACAACGUAUGACUGCUCACAUACUGCGUUCUAGAAGCCUACCAGCAUUUCCUACUUCUUCACCAUUAAAGCAGCCACAAAAACUGACCACAAGUUUGGAUUGUAGUAUUGACAAGUUACAAAAUAUUGCAGAUAAUUAUGUUGCUACCCCACCAGAGAAAUGGAAUCCUCUGGGGAGUUCUGAGAUGCUGAAAAAAGGCAAAGAGGAUGCAUUCAUCAGUAGCUGUGAGUCUGCAAAAACUGUUUGUGAAAUGGAAGCUGUCCUUUCAGCCCAAACCUCUGUCAAUGGUGUCCCAAAAGGAAAAUUGGUGUUUCCAGUGGUCAAAGUAGAUCAUAAAGAGAUGGGAUCAGAACGCAGAUCAGACGAUGACAGUCCUGGGGAUGAGUCCUGCCCACGCCGACCUGAUUUCCUAAAGGGGCUUGCCUCAUUCCAGCAAAGCCACAGCACUAUUGCAAGCCUAGGGUUAGCUUUUCCCUCGCAGAAUGGAUCUGCAGCUGUUGGCCGUUGGCCAAGUCUUGUUGAUAGGAGCACUGAUGAUUGGGAAAACUUUGCCGUUUCUCUUGGUUAUGAGCAGAACUACAACCGAACUGCAAAUGCUCACAGUGUAACUGAAGACUGCUUGGUACCUAUCUGCUGUGGAUUAUAUAACCUCCUAAGUGGAGUUCUUCUUAUCCUGCCUGAUGUUAUGCUCGAAGAUGUGAUGGACAAGCUCAUUCAGGCAGAUAUACUCUUAGUCCUUGUUAACCACCCAUCACCUGCUAUACAACAAGGAGUUAUUAAACUAUUAGAUGCAUAUUUUAAUAGAGCAUCUAAGGAACAAAAAGAUAAAUUUCUGAAGAAUCGGGGCUUUUCCUUGUUAGCCAACCAGCUGUACCUUCAUCGGGGAACUCAAGAAUUGUUAGAAUGCUUCAUUGAAAUGUUCUUUGGUCGUCGUAUUGGCCUUGAUGAAGAGUUUGAUCUGGAAGAUGUGAAAAACAUGGGACUUUUUCAGAAGUGGUCUGUCAUUCCAAUUCUGGGACUAAUAGAGACCUCUCUAUAUGACAACAUACUAUUGCAUAAUGCUCUUUUACUUCUUCUCCAAAUUUUAAAUUCUUGUUCUAAGGUAGCAGAUCUGUUGUUGGAUAAUGGUCUUCUCUAUGUGUUGUGUAACACAGUAGCAGCCCUGAAUGGAUUAGAAAAGAGCAUUCCUUUGAAUGAAUACAAAUUGCUUGCUUGUGAUAUACAACAACUUUUCAUAGCGGUUACAAUUCAUGCUUGCAGUUCCUCAGGCUCACAGUAUUUUAGGGUUAUUGAAGACCUUAUUGUACUGCUUGGAUAUCUUCAAAACAGCAAGAACAAGAGGACACAAACUAUGGCUGUUGCACUGCAGUUUAGAGUUCUGCAGGCUGCUGUUGAGUUUAUAAGGACCACUGCAAAUCAGGACUCUGAAAACCUUACCAAUUCCUUCCAGUUACCUUCUGCUCCCCAUCAUACAAUGUUUCAAAAGCAGAAAACCAUUGCUGAUUCAGGUCCAAUGCAGGGUUCCAAUAAUCCUCAUCUACCAAGACGUCAUUUUGGUUCCUGUGGUCAGCUUCCAAUGCACGUCUCCUUCAGUCUGUUAAAUCAGGAUUCAUCCCCCUCGUUUUCUCCUGGAUCCGCUACCUAUGAAUUACCUCCUGGAGCAGGUCCUCGAAAAUUUUCUCUUGCUCAAACUGAGUCUCUUCUGAUAAAAAUGCGUUCAGUGGCAAGUGACGAGCUUCAUAUGAUGAUGCAACGGAGAAUGAGCCAGGAGAACCCUGUCCAGGCAACUGAAACAGAGCUGGCCCAGCGACUGCAGAGGCUCCUCGUUUUAGCAGUUAACAGGAUCAUUUAUCAAGAGUUUAAUCCAGAUGUUGUUGAUAUUUUGAGUACUCCAGAAAACAUAACUCAAAGCAAGAACUCAGUUCCCCAGACUGAAAUUUCUGAGGAGACUAUUCAUCAUGCACAGCCUUCUGUUUUCAAUCCAUUUCAGAAAGAAAUGUUCACCUAUCUGGUAGAAGGAUUCAAAGUGUCUAUUGGUUCAAAUAAAGCCAGUGGGUCUAAACAGCAGUGGACUAGAAUCCUGUGGUUUUGUAAGGACACCUUUCGAAUGCAGCUUGGGAGACUGCUAGUGCAUAUUUUGUCACCAAGCCACUCUUCACAAGAGAGAAAGCAAAUAUUUGAGAUAGUUCAUGAACCAAAUCAUCAGGAAAUUCUAAGAGACUGUCUCAGCCCAUCCCUGCAACAUGGAGCAAAGUUAGUUUUGUAUUUGUCAGAGUUGAUGCAUAAUCACCAAGAUGAGUUGACUAAAGAAGAACUGGACACAGCAGAAUUGCUUAUGAAUGCGUUAAAAUUAUGUGGUCAUAAAUGCAGCCCCCCUAGUGUAGCAACGAAGUCAGACCUUAUUAAGAUGAUCAAAGAGGAACAAAAGAAAUAUGAAACUGAAGAGGGUGUGAAUAAAGCCACCUGGCAGAAAACAGUUAAUAAUAAUCAACAAAGUCUCUUUCAGCGUCUAGAUUCAAAAUCAAAAGAUAUAUCUAAAAUAGCUGCAGAUAUCACCCAGGCUGUAUCACUCUCCCAAGGAAUUGAGAGAAAAAAGGUGAUUCAGCAUAUCAGAGGAAUGUAUAAAAUAGAUCUGAGUGCCAGCAGACAUUGGCAGGAACUUAUUCAACAACUGACCCAUGAUAGAGCAGUCUGGUAUGACCCCAUCUACUAUCCAGCCUCCUGGCAGUUGGAUCCAACAGAAGGACCAAAUCGAGAGCGGAGGCGUUUACAGAGAUGUUAUUUAACUAUUCCAAAUAAGUACCUCCUCCGGGACAGACAGAAAUCAGAAGAUCUUGUCAAACCACCGCUCUCUUACCUAUUUGAAGACAAAACUCAUUCUUCUUUCUCUUCCACUGUAAAAGACAAAGCUGCAAGUGAAUCUAUAAGAGUGAAUCGAAGAUGUAUCAGUGUUGCACCAUCUAGAGAGACAGCUGGUGAAUUGUUACUAGGCAAAUGUGGAAUGUAUUUUGUGGAAGACAAUGCUUCUGAUGCAGUUGAAAGCUCAAGCCUUCAGGGAGAGUUGGAACCAGCAUCAUUUUCCUGGACAUAUGAAGAAAUUAAAGAAGUUCAUAAGCGUUGGUGGCAAUUAAGAGAUAAUGCUGUAGAAAUCUUUUUAACAAAUGGCAGAACACUCCUGUUAGCAUUUGAUAACACCAAGGUUCGUGAUGAUGUCUACCACAGUAUACUAACAAAUAACCUCCCUAAUCUUCUGGAAUAUGGAAACAUCACCGCUCUGACAAACUUGUGGUAUGCUGGACAAAUUACUAACUUUGAGUAUUUGACUCACUUAAACAAGCACGCAGGCCGCUCCUUCAAUGACCUCAUGCAGUACCCAGUGUUCCCAUUUAUACUUGCCGACUAUGUUAGCGAAACACUGGACCUCAGUGACCCAUCCAUCUACAGAAAUCUCUCUAAGCCUAUAGCUGUGCAGUAUAAAGAAAAGGAAGAUCGUUAUGUGGACACAUACAAGUAUCUGGAAGAAGAGUACCGCAAAGGAGCCAGAGAAGAUGACCCCAUGCCUCCUGUGCAGCCCUAUCACUACGGCUCCCACUACUCCAACAGCGGGACUGUGCUCCACUUCCUGGUUAGGAUGCCCCCUUUCACGAAGAUGUUUUUAGCGUAUCAAGAUCAAAGUUUUGACAUUCCAGACAGAACUUUUCAUUCUACAAAUACAACUUGGCGCCUCUCAUCUUUUGAAUCCAUGACUGAUGUGAAAGAACUUAUACCAGAGUUUUUCUAUCUUCCAGAAUUCUUAGUUAACCGUGAAGGUUUUGAUUUUGGUGUGCGCCAGAAUGGUGAGCGGGUUAAUCACGUCAACCUGCCCCCGUGGGCACGUAACGAUCCUCGCCUUUUCAUCCUCAUCCAUCGCCAGGCUCUGGAGUCCGACUAUGUGUCCCAGAACAUCUGUCAGUGGAUUGACUUGGUGUUCGGGUAUAAGCAAAAGGGGAAAGCAUCCGUUCAAGCCAUCAAUGUUUUUCAUCCUGCUACAUACUUUGGAAUGGACGUCUCUGCAGUUGAAGAUCCCGUUCAGAGACGAGCACUGGAAACCAUGAUAAAAACCUACGGCCAGACCCCACGCCAGUUGUUCCACACAGCACACUCCAGCAGACCCGGAUCCAAGCUCAACAUUGAAGGAGAACUUCCUGCUGCCGUGGGAUUGUUAGUGCAGCUUGCUUUCAGGGAAACCCGAGAACAGGUCAAAGAAGUUACCUCUCCGAGUCCUUUGUCAUGGAUAAAAGCCUUGAAGUGGGGGGAGUAUGUAGGCUCCCCAAGUGCUCCAGUGCCUGUGGUCUGUUUCAGCCAACCUCACGGAGAAAGAUUUGGUUCUCUCCAGGCUCUGCCCACCAGAGCCAUCUGUGGCUUGUCCCGAAAUUUCUGUCUUCUGAUGACAUACAGCAAAGAACAAGGUGUGAGAAGCAUGAACAGUACUGACAUUCAGUGGUCAGCCAUCUUGAGCUGGGGAUAUGCUGAUAACAUUUUAAGGUUGAAGAGUAAACAAAGUGAGCCUCCAAUAAACUUCAUACAAAGUUCACAACAAUACCAGGUGACAAGUUGUGCCUGGGUCCCUGACAGUUGCCAGCUGUUCACCGGAAGCAGAUGUGGGGUCAUCACGGCCUACACAAACAGACUCACCAGCAGCACGCCAUCAGAGAUAGAAAUGGAGUCUCAGAUACAUCUGUAUGGGCACACGGAAGAGAUAACCAGCUUAUUUGUUUGCAAACCGUACAGCAUAAUGAUAAGUGUGAGCAGAGAUGGAACCUGCAUCAUAUGGGAUUUAAACAGGCUGUGCUAUGUUCAAAGUUUGGCUGGACACAAAAGCCCUGUCACGGCCGUCUCUGCCAGUGAAACUACCGGUGAUAUUGCUACUGUGUGUGAUUCAGCUGGCGGAGGCAGUGACCUCAGACUGUGGACAGUGAAUGGGGACCUCGUUGGACAUGUCCACUGCAGGGAGAUCAUCUGUUCUGUUGCUUUCUCCAACCAGCCUGAAGGAGUAUCUAUCAAUGUGAUUGCUGGGGGCUUAGAAAAUGGGAUUGUACGGUUAUGGAGCACAUGGGACCUAAAGCCUGUGCGGGAAAUUACAUUUCCUAAAUCACACAAGCCUAUUGUAAGCCUUACAUUUUCCUGUGAUGGCCACCACUUGUACACAGCCAACAGUGAGGGAACCGUGAUUGCCUGGUGUCGGAAGGACCAACAGCGCUUGAAACAGCCCAUGUUCUACUCUUUCCUCAGCAGCUACGCGGCCGGGUGACUGUGAGAGAACUUGGCAUUCUCCAGAGCACUAUGAGUCCAAACUACGUUUGGUGACUUCACCAGUUUUAGAAGAUUGACCUGAAGAAAUGGAUGACUAAUUACGUCAUCCGAAUAACGAUAGUCUGUUCAUCUGCACAAUAUUCUGGAGCCUCCAAGGUCCCGAGCAGGAAGUUUUGUUCUGAUCAGUGACGAUCUAGAGGGCUGGGGCGUGUGUACUAACCAACUAGCUUUAAGCCUUGCAUGGUAAAGUAAAAGCGUGUGCUUAAAGUUGUUUCCCACAAAGGUAAUCUAAAGAAAAGAUUAGGGUCUCCUUUUUGUAUUAUCCCAAAAGGGCCAGUAGUAUCUAAACUGGGAUAAUUGUUUAUAUAAAAUACUCUUAAAAAGUGUUAUAUUUUAAAAGUUCUGCCCUAAAAUAAUCCCACCCCCCCAAAAAAAAGAAAAGAAAAGGAUAAAGAAUUCAGGACUUGAUAAUUGCUUUCUUUGAGAAGCAGAUUGUUCAGUAGGUGCCUCUGCACCGAACAUUCUAUGGAAUAUCUGAUAUUAACAACAAACUACUGAUGAAUCUCAGUGUUGGCAGUUUUUGCCAGUUGCCUUCUUAGCUUAAAGUACAACUAGAAUUUUUUGACAGCCACAGAACGCAGGUAUCUUUGAUUUCAGACACAUCCUGUUUCUUCAUAAAAAUCUAACUUAAAAUCCAUAACACUAGAUGUUGAAUAUCCCUAGUUGAGUCAGUACAAUGAUAAUUUAUUUUACACCUGUCCUUCACAGAUCAUUGACUACUUCACAACCUGCAAUAGAAAGCCUUCACUAUGCAAAAAGUUCGCACAGACGUUAAUAGUGCAGCCUAGAGAAGUCAUUCACUCUAAUGUGCAGGAAGGGUUUCCAUCCCCAGGACAGAAUGAGAAGAGAAAAGGAGACAGCUUACUUUGUUUCAAACAGGAGGCUGGGUCAUACUUUCAGGAAACAAUACCCACUGUGUUUCUGCUAACUUCUAUCACCUGAGAAUUCCUAAACAUCUUGGAAUAGUCUCUGUCUACCAUGAUAUCAUGGCUUUGUUUUUCCCUGGGGUGCUGUUUUAUUGGCUUUGAAAGCACUGUAAAAUAAGCUCAGUAAUAUGUUACCACAGGAUAAAAAUAUGUAUUCCUGUCUAAGAAUAAGUUGCGCGUUUGUUAGGGAAAUUUAAUUUAUAUGGUGUUUACAGAACUACUUUUGUAAUUUCCAGACUUUCUAAAACAUUCUGCUUAAAACAGUACAAAAUGCAAUUCCAAAGUCUCUGCUGUCCAGAUAGGAACAAGAGGGAGCAAAUGGGUGCGGGCGCUUGUAGCUGUGAGCAGUGUAUGAUGGAAGAAUGUUUAGCAGCCUGGAUUAGACGGUGGUUUGCACAGGUUAGGUAUUAAUUCUGAGGUCCAAGUAGGUGCAGAGAUAAGAUUAUUCCUAUUCACGUUGAAGUGAUUUGCUUUGUUUAAAAACAAAAUUGCAGCUAUUGUCUAGCUUUCAUUUUUUGACUGAGAGCUUUAAAUUAGUCCCCUAUUAAAACAGGGAUGCUGCUCAGUCUUUUUUUUUUUUGUAAGGCCAAAUUUCAUCAUUUAUCUAAAGAGAAAAAUAUGCAAAAUAACUGGUCUUAUUAAGAGUGCAAUAUUAUAUUUUUAUGUAAAAAUAAAAAUUAAUUUUGGGGGGAUUAUUUAUUCAGCAUGAGGCUUAAUAUGUAUAUGUUUGAAACACUUCAUAAUGUGCAUGUUGUAACCAAUAUUUCUGUAAAUUAUCACAAGCUUUGAUGUCUUUGUAUACACUGCCACUUCAAUUUGGGAAUAAAUUUCAUGAAAAUAG